AGAGCUACCACGAUGUGGUGUGGUGUGUAUGGUUACGGGCAGGACAGACAAGACAAGGCAGGGCAAGGCAACCCGCUCAGCAAGCAAGUUAGUUAGUUAGUUAGUUGUUGGCAAGUUGGAUGUUGGGAUGAUGGCAGCAAGGAAAGAAGGCUGAUAGGUACCCAGCUGGAUGAGUGUGGUAGACGCAGCAACAAUGAUGAUGGCACGGCCACUCCCACCUAGCUGGCCAGCAAGACCGCGCGCACCCGUCCGUACUCGUGCACCACCACCAUCCACCACCACCACCACCAUCAUCAUCGUGCAUCUCAGCACGCGCAUGUGUCCGCGCACAAAAAACAAAAAACAAAAAACAAAAACCCAAAGAUCCCAGACCCCAGACUCAAGGCCCAGGCCCAGACCCGUAACUAUAGAUUCCGCGACAUCUAGAGCACGGAAACUAGGAGUAACUUUAUGUGCAGAAAAGCAAAAAAACAAAAAACAAAAAAAGAAAAAAAAAGCAACACCACCGGCCCCGCUACAUAUGAGCCUACUCCAGUGCCAAAAAGCCCGCGCUAUCGUGUGUGUAUUGUACCUCGUAGCACGCAAGCAAUAAAGCAGACAAAGCAAACAUCAAAGUAGAUUAAAGCCAUCGUUCGGUUUUCGCAGCUCCUGAUGCGCGCUCUGCUGCGCUGCCGCGCUGCACCACUACUCCACCACUGCUUGCUUGCUGCCAUCUCCGUCGUCUAUCUAUCUAUCCAUAUGACACCGCAGUCAAUCUAUCCAGCCGCAGCUACAACCCGUAUUUCCAACCCAAGCCCACAAAGCAAG